CCGGAAGUACUGCUACCUCUAUGUCAAUGUGACUUCUCUUCGCCAACAGUUAUGAUUUAAUUACCACUUAUAAAAGGCGUUAAAAGUCUGCAAAAAUGUUUCUUACUACCGUAAAUUUGGCCAAGGCAAAAUCUAAGACUAUCCUGGUUCAGAUGGUGAGUGCUGCAGGAACGGGCUACUUCUUCAACACGAAGAGGAACCGUCUAAAAGAUAAGAUGGUUAUCCGUAAACACGACCCAUUUGUCAACAAGCAUGUCCUGUUCUUUGAGAAGAGGAAGAUCAAAUCAAUUUAACAUCCCAAUGAAAUACAUGGACAGUAAAACCCUGCAAGGGUUCAACACAAGAUUUUCCUGUCAUGGAUUGUACAGAAGUGUUUAAUCACCUGACAUGUCUGACUGGCUGAGGUGUUUUCAGAGGAUGUCAGUGUGGAUUUUUCAGGAGAUUCAUUCCUUUCACUGCACCAGUUCAAGGUGUUAGAACAUCUCAGAAGAGUUUCAAGUUUCUGGAUUACCACCAUUUAAAACAAAAACUCAUGUAUGAAGUCACAUAUUUAUUAGGAUGACAACAGCUGUUUGAUACAAUGAUACUGAUACUUUGUUGUAGGAAAUGUCUAGUUUGAGCUAAAUCAACAGAUAAUUUCCUGUCCUGAUGUUUUUUUGUCAAGUUCAAAUCAUUAAAAAUUAUAAAAUAAAAACAAAAAAAAAGAUUU